AUGCAACUGCUGUCUUCAAUCAAUUCCGAGUCGGAAGAACAAGUUCCUCGAAAGCGGACGCGAACGAGCCAUAGCGAUGAGGACAGGACUGCUGCCGGGAAGAAAGCUAGAGGGAGACCUAGAGUAGACACGCAAGAUGCUACUGCUGCUGAUCGACGAAGAACACAGAUACGUCUUGCGCAGCGAGCCUAUCGCCAACGCAAAGAGACAACGAUUGCAUCCCUGAAGAACCAAAGCUCUCAGCUGCAUUCGAUCAUAGAGCAGAUGAACAAAACAUUUGGUCGCUUGAAUGAAGCUGUACAAGCAUCUGGGUUACUGCAACUCACCCCUGAACUAGCAAGAGAGUUCAAAAAUGCUUCGGAAACUUUCUGUGGUCUUGUGAAGACUGCCAAUGAAGGCGAAAAUGACGGGGCUGAAGAGCAUGCGGAUCCGACCGACAACGCCACAGAGUCCCAUGAGGAGCGUGUGCAACAGAAAACAGCCGACGACUCUCAGCAUAUGUCCUGGGGUGACUCAGUUUCAUUCUCAUCUUCCAAGCACCUUCGGUGA